AUGACGAUACUCGCCAACAAGAAAGCCAAGCUCACUACACUCGCCGAACAGAUUCACGAUGCGACGGCAGGUACCACUAAGUCUGUAAAGAACACCGGGGUCGAUACGAUGAGCGCCGAUUUGUCCGCAAAGACAGUCGCCCACGACGAAAAAAGUGGAAUGGAUAUCAAAAUAACGACCAGAAUCGUCGAGGCGCUAUCACGGGUGCUAUUACGGAGUACUUGGGGGCGACAGCUGCGUGUUUUAACAUACUCGUCGAGUCUAGUAUAUGAGCAAGGAGAGCUCCAGCGCAUCCAGCAGUGA